AUACCAGACAAGAUCACAAUCCGCUUUUGGGUCUUUUUGCCAAUUGGUACUUGUCUUCUUCAUAACACGUCCACCAUGCUUCAGCUUGAGUUUUUAGCUUCUUUUGUACUAUUAAUUCUCCCACUCUUCUAUUUCUUCAUCAAAACCAACUUCACUCAACUGGGAAAGAAGAAAGCUUCUUCCUCAGCUUCAUCUCAAACAACCACCAAAUUCCCAAAGUCAUAUCCAUUGUUGGGUUCUUCAAUUGCCAUUUCUGCUAACCAAGAGAUAUUCAACCAAUGGGUUACGGAACUUCUUAAAGAUAGUCCCAAUGGAAAUAUCCUUCUCCAUCGUCCUCUUGGCCAUCUUCAGCUUGUAACCACUAACCCAGCUAACGUCCAACACAUCCUCAAAAAUGAGUUCAACCUCUACCCAAAAGGAGACUUCUUUAGAGACACCCUUACCAAUUUCCUCGGCGAUGGCAUCUUCAAUGCCGACCACGAUAACUGGAGGUUUCAGAGACAGAUAUCCAGCCAUGAAUUCAACACCAAAUCUCUCCGCAAGUUCACCGAAACAGUCGUGGAGGCCGAGGUCUUCGACCGCCUCCUUCCUCUCCUCUCCGAGGCUGCUUCUAAGAAUCAUGUAAUUGAUCUCCAAGACAUCCUCCAGAGGUUUACAUUCGACAACGUCUGCAAAAUUUCUUUUGGGUAUGACCCGGCCACCCUAUCGCCAUCAUUCCCACAGCCAAGGUCCGAAUUCGCCGAUGCAUUCGAAGCUGCUACCCAGUUGAGCAGUGAGAGGUUUCACCACGUAUUCCCACCCUUUUGGAAGCUUAAACGAGCACUCAACAUUGGCUCCGAGAAAAUCCUACGAGUAGCAAACUCUACAGUCCGUGAAUUCGCAACAAAGGUCGUGAGAGAAAAGAGAAGAGAACUCCAAGAGAAAUCUUCACUAGAAACCCAAGACCUCCUCUCAAGAAUCUUAAACUCUGGCCAUUCUGAUGAGCGUUUUGUUACAGAUAUGGUGAUCAGCUUUAUCUUAGCUGGUCGGGAUACCACUUCGGCAGCCUUGAUAUGGUUCUUCUUGUUAGUUUUUCGCAACCCUCGUGUAGAAGAGGAGUUAAUGAAGGAGUUGAAGGAGAAGCCGGAAUCACUUGAUUACGAUGAUGUGAAGCAAGUAGUAUAUACCCAUGCAGCGAUCUGUGAAACCAUGAGGUUGUAUCCACCGGUCCCGAAUGACACUAAAUUCGCGGCGGCCGACAAUUAUCUGCCGGACGGUACGUUUGUGAAGAAGGGAGCUGGAGUGACAUACUUUCCCUACGCAAUGGGGAGGAUGGAGAAGCUAUGGGGGGAAGACUGCAUGGAAUUUCGGCCGGAGAGGUGGCUUGAGAAGGAAGAGGAAAGCUCUCCUUCAGGUGGGAAGUUGAAGUUUGUGGGAAAAGACCCAUACACAUAUCCAGUGUUCCAAGCAGGUCCAAGGAUCUGCUUAGGAAAAGAUAUGGCUUUCUUGCAGAUGCAGAGGAUAGUUGCAGGUGUGAUGCAGAAGUAUCGGGUGGUACCGGCAGAGAAGGAUUUUGAUCCACUUUUCGUUUCUUAUCUGUCCUCCAAAAUGAAAGGAGGUUUUCCGGUGAGGAUUGAGGAGAGGAGGUAGCACAUAAUGAGUAUUGAAUCUGUGUUUGAGGAUAUAAAGCUCUGUUAUAUUUAAUAAGGGAUAAAGGGAAAGUAAUGCUCUGUUACAUUGGAGGGUAUUCCAUUUUGUUGGGAUGGACUGAGUUUUUUUUUUUUUUUUUUGUUGACUACCUAAACCCUAGGGUCAAAUAAGAAGGGUUCCCCCGGGUGGUGGGAUUCUUGUUGUAUAAUGGGAAAGUCCUCAAUUGUUUAAUCUGUAGUUUGGCCAACUUUUCAAUUUUAAUAAGUCAUUGGGCCAUGUAUUUGUUUGUUUUUCAUGAAAUCAAUAAAUAAAGUAGAAAAAAAUGGAAAUAUUUUAUUUUA